UUGAGGAGAAAAUGGCUGCUGGUCACCGUGAUGUACCACAAUUUUAUUCGCCUUUAAUGCGGCAAAUGUACACGUCGAUUAUUUUGUUCGAUAAGCCAACUCGAUACAGCAUUCCACGGGCACGUCAAGAGGAAAGUAUCGCGAUACUUGGAGAAAUCUCGUUUGAUCUCGGGAGGAGUAAAGCACCAGAUCGAAGGGCUGCUGGCAUCACAGAGGACUCAGCUGACGCGGGGCAAGUAGCGUCCCCCUAAAGAGGUGUAAUGCCCAGGUGUCCAAAUCCAUUCCUUCAUACUAUUUGCACGGAAUGGAAAGAGUGAGGCAGAGAGUCUGCAGGUGCUGGAUUCGUUUCCCAAACAAGUUGUAAAAUGUGUGGCGUUGAGCUUUCCAGCGGGAUGAGUUGGCCACAUGGAGCGGAGGUGAAAAUUUCCGCGCUGGCUGCCGCCUAUCUACUACCAUGGUGAGAGAGGCCCUUGACUGUUGCCAUGGAGACCCUGUAGCAAGAGCUCUGUAACUAAAAUCUGUUGCCUUGGUGACCCUGUUAAAAAGAGGCAGGUCACUAUUUCAAUCUGUUGCCAUGGUGAUGAUGUAACCACGCCCUUCUGUAGCUGGGAAAGCACAUCUUGCACACUACUUUGUUACCAUGGGGACAUCCAGGCUGUUUCAUAUUUUUGUCCUCCUGGGCUCCGCCUUCAUGAUUCUUCUCAUCAUUCUCUAUUGGACGGAAGUUGGGGCGUCCCGUCAGUAUUUGCACACUCCGGUCUCACCCGGACCCAAAAUGACAAAUGGUGCUCAACAGCAGCAGCCGCAGCAACAGCAGCAGCAGCAGCAAGCUCAAACCCCCCAAAUUCCAUCCUUCCUCUCCGACAUCGAUGCCUUCGUCAACCAGUUCUUAGAGCCCGGAACGGGCGAACCCACCGAUCCGGUGCCGGCCGAAAGCAGCAACCAAUCGGAGAAGGCAGAAGAGCGCUAUGUACCAAGGCAGGAGUGGAAGAUUCAUUUGACUCCAGUGGCAGCAGAGCUCCGCCAGAGACAAGAGUACCGGCAGAGGUUACUUAAGGAACUGUGUGCCAAUGACAGCCUGAUGUUUCCCGGCAAGAAACGUUCAUUCGAUGACAUUCCCAACAAGGAGCUGGAUCAUCUGAUAGUUGAUGACAGGCAUGGAGUCAUCUACUGUUACGUUCCAAAGGUGGCCUGUACAAAUUGGAAGCGAAUCAUGAUUGUUCUCAGUGAGAGCCUACUCCACGACGGUGUUCCCCAAAGAGACCCAAUGGUCAUCCCCAGGGAGCUGGCUCACAACGGCAGCAUGCAUUUCACCUUCAACAAAUUCUGGAAGCGCUACGGCAAGUUUGCAAGGCACCUCAUGAAGGUCAAACUGAAAAAGUAUACCAAGUUCCUUUUCGUGCGGGACCCCUUUUUGCGGCUCAUCUCAGCCUACCGGGAUAAAUUCCAGCUGCGCAACGAGGACUUCUACCGCCGCUUCGGUAAGGUGAUGCUGCAGCGCUACGCCAAUCAGCCAACGCCCCCCGAGUCUGUGGACCAGGCGUUUGCCGCGGGAGCCCACCCCUCCUUCUCCCACUUCAUCCAGUAUCUACUGGACCCUCAGACGGAGAAGGACAGUCCCUUUAAUGAGCACUGGCAGCAGGUGUACCGCCUUUGCCACCCGUGCCAGAUCCAGUACGACUUUGUGGGUCACUUGGAGACGGCCGAGGAAGACGCCGAGCAUUUGUUACGUCUGCUGCGUGUGGACAACGUGGUGGAAUUUCCUACCUCACACAGAAAUGUGACAGCCAGUGACUCGGAAUCGGAUUGGUUCGGCACGGUGCCCCUAGAGGUGCGGAGGGAGCUUUACAAGCUCUAUGAACCCGACUUCAGGCUUUUUGGUUAUAACCGACCCGACCCCAUCCUCAAUGAGUGACUGUUUCUUUUUUUUAAAGUCCCUGUAAAAUGAAAUGUGAAAUGUUUUUGUGCUAAUUAGUUCUGUCUGUGCACAAAUUCACUUUACAGGGACUUUAACAAAAACAAAAAAAACCCAUCUUUUUUAAUUUGACUCUGAUCAUAGCGGCGUACCGAAGCAAAUGUCCGUCCAAUGAAGAUUUUCCAAUCGCACAAAGCACUCGAAGGAAGGUGUCUGUCUUUUGGCACGUCCUGCAAGCUCCCACGGCGAGUGUUUGACACUCCCGGUUCUGAUGUCACCUUUGAUUGGCCGCUCAGUUACCUAGCUACCAUGUGACUUCCCCAUGCAGGUUUUGUAGCAGCCGGCUGCCAGUUGGCCAAUGAAUUUUUAAAAAAGAAAAUGCUGCUGCCUUACAGUGGUAGUGGAAAACCUAUUUAUUUUAUAUUGUGCAAUGGUUUCUUGUAAUUCUUUUUUUUUUUUUUUUAUAAAGCAUGAAUGGUAUAUACGUGGUCUUGUUGAGCUGAGUAGGCCAAUUGUCCUACGGCUAUCCAUUGUAGCCUUCAGCUUGGCGACCUAACUGAUGUGAUGUAAUCAUUUCCGGCGUUUAAUAGCUUGCUUUGUUUUGGCCCGCUUUAAAGCAUGAUGAAAACGGCAUUGUAGCAUCAUGUCCAAAAAUGCAACAGUUCCGGCGAGUAGAAUUUGUCUGGGCUUGUUUUUGAGUCUUAACAUUCCUUCAACUGUAACUGGAUGCAGGGACAGGUAAAAACCUGGAUGUAAUUUCCAAAGGGAAUUUUUUUUUUGGGGUUGUGCGUUGGCGUUGUCAACCCUGGAGGCUGCAAACGGUUGUAACAUUUCCGAGCUUGCGAUUACAAAGGCUCGUGCAUGAAUAUGAAUCCUACCCGGUGAUAUGAAUAAGAUACAAGAUAGUGCCUUUGCAAAAGUUUACAUAAGAACAAAAAAAAGGAAAAAAAUCUUUUUUAUUGAUGGAUUUCUUUUACUUUGAACAGCAUGCAGUUGCAGCUGUGCGGUUCCACACGUCUGUUUGAUAUUCUCGGUCUUGCCUUUUUGUCACCCCCCGAUCGAUAUGGGUCAGCGGAACGUUUCUGAGAUCUUGUCUUGAGCCUUGAUGCAGUGUGUAUUUGGUUAAAAACAGACGAUUCUGAGUCUUGCACAUGCCCCAUUUUUUAUACAGUGUAAUCUGUUUGGAUGGGAUGUAUCAGUUUUCUUGUCUUUUACAGUGCAGUGUCUGGUUAUCCCAGAUUUAUUGAAAAGAAGAAAAACAACAUGAGAUAGGACUGUAAUUGUCAAUUCUUCCCCAGAUGUCUUUUCAUUCACUGCCCUCAUCAUAAUCCAAUCAAAGCGACAACUGUUAGUUUUCUAACUGAAAUGGUGCCUUCAGUUCUUCAGGUGAAUAGAAAAGGAAAGAACCGAGUGAAGGAUUCCAUCGGAGAGUAAUCUCCAUGCCAUCUCUGGAUUUGCAUGACAUGCAUAGUUGGCCCUGCUUUCAAACGUAGAAUUAUUUUGACGUCACUGCCCUCUAGUGGCUGCAGUGGCUAACUACAUGAGCCCGGUGCCACAAAUUGCCAGGUCAGAGCACAGUGUUAAGUUCGAAAGCAUUUAUUAUUUCUUCUUUUCUGCAUACAAUGUUGUUUGAAGAUGUCAUUUUAUCUAAAUAAAAAAAGAAUAACUUGA